AUGCCUCGGUUGAAAGCAGCAACUGUGUCGGAUCAGACGGUGAGGAAGAGGAAGAGAAAAUUGUGCGACGAGCAUGCGCCGGCGGAAAGCACGCCUGCGCCGGACAGCGAAAACACGUCCCUCGACGCCUCGGGCAACGAAGGCGCAACAACCACAACGGUACCUACAAAGACACACGAUGGUGGGAAGAAGCCACGAAGAACGCCCAAGAAAGGCGGCGCAGCCAAGCCAGCAUUGGUGCGCCAUGCAUCCUCCACCUUGAUCGAGACGACGAUUCCAUGGCCUGAGCACUUCACGAAGCUGUCCCAGGUCCACCGCGCCCUGAACCUCGUCUACACGUUCUGUUGUACGCGCAAGCACCUCGCGACCACGCUGGAUAAUUUGAAGGCAACUGUGGAAGGGCACAUAAAGCGACCACUGCUCAUCGAAGAUGUGGCGCAAAUAACGGCUCUGAUACCAAAGUCUAUCACCUUUGCGUAUGUGGAUGAGGCCAUGCUGCAGAUCAACCUGAUGGGCCAGGAAGAUCACAUCCAAGGCCGCAAAACGCAGGACUUUGUCAUCACGAUGCCGGAGCCGGAGAAAGGCGAGCAUAAAGAAGUUCUGCUGUUCGAGUUUAUCGAUGGUGAUUUGAAGCGACAAGUCCAACAUGCGAAGACGGGCGAACCUACUAAGGCGACACAAAAGCUGCGCCAUGAAGAGCUGAAGAUGCCGGUUUUCAGUCAGAAACAGAUGAUGAAUAUGAUUGAGAAGAGGAAUGUCAAGUUCACAAGCGCGGUUAAUGCGUUUUUGAAUCAGUGCGCCGAGGAUAAGGUUGAUGCGGUGGAGAAGAUGAACGAGAUUUCACAGGCAUUCGUUCCGGUGCCGGCUGAGAGCAGAGCUUCGACGCCAGGGCCAGAUAGGGCUUUGAUACCGAGCACUAUACCGACAGAGCGAAAAAGCAUACCAGAAAUUGUGGAUGAGAUCAAGACUCUGGAAUGGUACACUGGUCAGAUCGUCCCGGAUGGCCACCGCGUAUUCGAUCCGCAGGAAGCGAUAUAUGGCGACUUGAACUUCCAGCUGUCCCAGAACAUGGUUAAUGCGCUGUACAACACGAAGAAUAUCACACAGCUGUAUGCGCAUCAGGCAGAGGCAAUCAAUAAUCUUUACGAGGGACACAAUAUCAUUGUGUCGACUUCCACGAGCUCGGGCAAGUCGCUGAUCUAUCAGUUGCCUGUGCUGCAUCAGCUGGAACAGGAUCCCGACACUCGCGCAAUGUACAUCUUUCCCACGAAAGCGCUUGCACAAGAUCAGCGGAAGAGUAUGAAGGAGCUACUUAGAUUCAUGACCGGGUUGGAAGAAGUCGUUGUCGAGACUUUCGAUGGCGAUACACCAAUGUCUGAGCGCAACUAUAUUCGGGAUGAGGCUCGCAUUAUCUUCACGAACCCAGAUAUGCUGCACAUCACCAUCUUACCACAAGAGGACGCAUGGCUAGACGAGUUACAUGUCUACAACGGCCUCUUCGGCGCACACAUGGCUUACAUCAUGAGGCGCUUGCGAAGGAUAUGUGCGGCGCUAGGAAAUCGCCAUGUCAAGUUUAUUUCGUGCUCGGCGACGGUUGCGAAUCCUGAAGAGCAUAUGCGGACAAUCUUUGGCGUUGACGAAGUCAGGUUGACGGAUUUUGAUGGAUCGCCUUCUGGACGCAAGGAGUUCCUGUGCUGGAAUACCCCGUUCAAAGAUCCAGGAGAUCCGACUUCUGGAAGAGGCGAUUGUAUGGCGGAAACCGCGAAGCUGUUCUGUCAGCUGAUGCUGAGAGGUGUUAGGUCCAUCGCAUUCUGUCGAGUGAGAAAGCAGUGUGAAGCUUUACUGUCUGCCGUCAAAAUGGAGCUUACGAAUCUUGAGAGGACGGAGGUCCUAGCUCGGGUCAUGUCGUAUCGAGGUGGGUAUACACCUCAGGAUCGACGGCAGAUUGAGCGAGAGAUGUUUGAUGGCAAACUCAUCGGCAUCGUGUGUACCAGCGCCUUGGAACUCGGUGUUGAUAUUGGAUCGCUGGACGCUGUUGUUACGGUCGGCUUUCCGUACACCAUCGCCAAUCUUCGGCAGCAAAGCGGACGAGCAGGUCGGAGGAACAAGGACUCCUUAUCCGUGUUGAUCGGUGACUGCUUCCCAACAGAUCAAUACUACAUGUCAAACCCGGACGAGAUCUUCACGAAGCCCAAUAGCGCCUUGCAGGUCGAUCUAGAGAACAUGCUCGUUGUCGAAGGGCAUAUCCAAUGUGCCGCCCAUGAGAUCCCCAUCAAUAUCGAGACAGACACUGCCUACUUCGGCCCUCUCCUAUGUAAGGUCGCUCGUGAGCGUAUGCGCCGAGACCCUCAAGGCUUCUACCACGUCAACGAGCGCUUCCUUCCCCAACCAUCGCGCUUUGUCGCCAUCCGCGACACCGAGGAAGACCACUUCGCCAUAAUCGACAUCACCCACGGCAAGAAUACCGUUCUCGAAGAACUCGAAGCAUCCCGCGCCUUCUUCACUCUCUACGACGGAGGCAUCUUCCUGCACCAAGGCAACACGUACCUCGUCAAAGAAUUCUCCCAAGAGCGCAUGCUCGCCAAAGUCGAACUUGUCAAAGUCGACUGGACGACCCAACAACGCGACUACACGGACAUCGACCCCGUGGAAACCGAAGCCAUCCGCCGCAUUCCCGGCUCCAAAUGUAAAGCCUUCUACGGCCCCAUCAAAGUCAAACAAGUCGUCUACGGCUUCUUCAAAAUCGACAAGAAGCGCCGCAUCCUCGACGCCGUGCAAGUCGACAACCCACCCAUCAUACUAUUUAGCAAAGGAAUGUGGCUCGACGUCCCGCGCUCCGCUCUUGAUAUCCUCAAGUCGAGAAGAUUGAACAUCGCAGCGGGCAUCCACGCAGCCGAACACGCCGUCCUCUCCCUAAUGCCGAACUUCGUCAUCAGCAUGCCCGGCGACGUGCGCACCGAGUGUAAAUUCGCCCCCAAGGAAUUCGCGAAGAAGGAAACUCAACGAAAGCGGCCUGCGCGACUUACUUUCUACGACGCGAAGGGCGGCGCGUCGGGAAUUGCGCGUGUCUCGAGGGAUGUCAAGGAAUGCUGCAAUAACGACCAGUGCAAGCAUGCGAAUCAGGUUAUAUCGAAAGCUGGCGCGAGAGUCGUGGUCAUGUGUAUCCUGGGCCGCGAGAAGGAUAUCGAUAUCGAAAGUCUACCUUGGGGUGAAGAGGAUACUGUGCCUGCAGGCAUUGAGACGGUGGUUGAGGCGGAGGAGGAGGGCGGUGCUUGGUGGGGAUGA